CUGUCAAAACUUUGAUAAACUUUUCACCUGAGCAGUGAAAUUUUGUGAAAGAUUGUGCCUUAUCAAUAAAAAAGAUGACAGUUCAACGCCAGUAAUAUUCGAUUAGUUAAUGAAUAUUAACGUGUAUUUAUACCGGUAAUAGAAGUCGCGUAGUUCUUUUAAAUUAAUGCAGAUAAUAUAUAAAAGUUAAAAUAGAUAUACGGUGUUUGUUUUUUUAUUUCUCUAACUGGAUUUCUUAAACGUACUUCUGUAAUAAUGAGUGAGGAAUCUUUAAAGAAAAAACAAAAAAUCUGCCUACAAGUUGCAACAAAUGUUUCUGAACAAAAGCACAAUGUAACACGGGAACUCAGAGGAAAUAGUUUAGGUUUAUGCCGUGGCUUCCGAGGAUGCACCAUUUGGCUCACUGGUCUGAGCGGCGCUGGCAAAACAUCCAUUGCAUUUGAGUUAGAAGCACACUUAGUAUUACGUGGCAUUCCAGCAUAUGGACUUGACGGUGACAACAUACGCACGGGACUAAAUAAAAAUUUGGGUUUCACUCCGGCUGAUCGACAAGAAAACAUUCGAAGAGUAGGCGAGGUAGCAAAAUUAUUUGCUGACAGUGGUGUGAUUACAAUUUGCAGUUUCGUGUCACCUUUUGCUGAAGAUCGUGAUUUAGUUAGAAAAAUUCAUAAAGAUGCCGAUUUAAGAUUUUACGAAGUUUUUGUUGACACACCAUUGUCGGUAUGCGAGUCGCGUGAUGUAAAGGGGCUAUAUAAAAAAGCACGAGAAGGUGUUAUAAAAGGAUUCACAGGAAUAACGCAGGAUUAUGAAAAACCUGUGCAGCCCGAACUUGUUAUUAACACUGCCGGAUACACUGUUAAAGAAUCUACUCAGUUAGUUAUAAAUCUUCUGCAAGAUGAAGGUAUCAUUCCAAAAAGCAACACAAAUUCAAAUGAAAUUGAAGAAUUAUUUGUGGACCCAAAACUUAAAGACUCACUACUACAUGAAGCCAAAUCGUUAAACUCGAUACCGUUAACCGAUGUAGAUCUACAGUGGGUUCAAGUCUUAUCCGAAGGUUGGGCACAUCCGUUGAAAGGCUUCAUGAGAGAAGAUAUUUUUUUGCAAACUAUACAUUUUAAUUCAAUUGCUACUGACGAUCCAACUACACGUAAAAAUCAGUCAGUUCCAAUUGUUUUAGCAGUAACAGAGGAAUUGAAAAAUAAACUAGAUGGCGUAUCAUCUGUGGCGCUUACAUAUAAAGGAAACCCCGUAGCGAUUAUGCGUAAGCCUGAGUUUUACUAUCAACGUAAGGAGGAGAGAGCGUCGCGUCAAUUUGGUACAAGUAAUGAGGAACAUCCUUACAUAAAGAUCAUCGCUAAAGGAGGCGACUAUUUAGUUGGUGGAGAAUUGGAAGUUUUAGAACGUAUACGUUGGAAUGAUGGUUUAGAUCAAUACAGACUAACACCGAAUGAAUUGCGCGCGAAAUUCAAAGAAUUGGGAGCGGAUGCAAUCUUUGCAUUCCAAUUGAGAAAUCCCAUACACAACGGACACGCACUACUGAUGCAAGACACGAAACGACAAUUGAUUGAAAGGGGAUUUAAGAAACCAGUUUUACUGCUGCAUCCACUUGGUGGUUGGACAAAAGAUGACGAUGUACCCUUGCCUGUACGCAUAGCGCAGCAUCAAGCAGUGCUGGAUUCGGGUGUUUUAAAAGCGGAAGACACCGUUUUAGCUAUUUUCCCUUCGCCAAUGAUGUAUGCUGGGCCAACUGAAGUGCAAUGGCAUGCUAAGGCAAGAAUGAAUGCCGGUGCAAAUUUCUACAUUGUGGGACGCGACCCAGCCGGUGUACCACAUCCUAAUAAAUCAAUGUAUCCUGAUGGUAAUCUUUUCGAUGCGACACACGGUGCGCGUGUGCUUAAAAUGGCACCUGGUUUGGACACUAUAGAGAUUUUGCCCUUCCGUGUUGCUGCAUAUGACAAAAGUAAUUCACGCAUGGCCUUCUUUGAUCCGAGCCGUAAAGAUGAAUUCGAUUUCAUAUCAGGCACCAAAAUGCGUACAUUAGCUAGAACGGGGCAGUUACCGCCUAAUGGCUUCAUGGUACCGGAAGCGUGGAAAAUAUUAUCAGAAUAUUAUCAGUCCUUAUCAAGCCAGUAAGAGUAGCUAAAUAAAUUAUAGUAAAAUUAUACAAAUUAUAUUACGCAUACAUAUUUAUGUACAUUUAUAUAACACGUUUGUGUUUUAAAAUUUUUAAAAUAAUUACUUUUUUUUUGAAAAUGCUAAUAUUUUUUACCAGCAUAAUUUUAUAUUAAGAAAUACAGAAAUUAUUUGUAUUCGCAAUGUCUAAUUUUAGAUUUAAGUUACAUAUAUUUAGUAAUAUAACUACUAUAGCUAACAGCUACAAAACUUCAAUGUCCUUAGUAAAAUAAAAAAAAGUACAUUUCAAUUAUUAAUGUAUUUUUUAUUUACCUAAUCUGUACAACAGUCCUUUUUAUGAUUUGAUCUUAUAUAAAAAAGUGUUUACUUUUAAAUCCGCUAAAUGCAUAUGUACUUGAAC